CGCGUCGAGCUUUCAAAUUCGAUACCUAACCGUAGACGAUUAGGCCAUUGUCUGGAAGCCCUGCUAGUACAGAACAUCAUCACAGCUCGCAAUUGACAGCCACAUGCGCCAAAAUCGAGCCGCACAAUCGAAGUCGUCAACAUACAGACGCUGCGACGGGACACUGAAAGAGAAGCUGCCAGUGCGAUGAGUCUUGUGUGACAAGCGCAAGUUGGAUAUCCACGGCCAAAUCGUCGAGCGCAAUGCUUGCAUGCUUCCUCGGCAUUUCCUAAGACACCAACAUCAUGUCGCAAGCUGUAGUCACAGGCGCAUGGCGUGACCGAACCAAUCUCUACAUCUCAUAUCGACAAUCAUACGCACAUCACCCAGCCAAACGGACGCGAAUCGCUGGGCCGCACUACACCGACGAUGAUGCCGAACGCGCAGGACUCAUGUCCAGUCUGGACAAUGACAAUGCCGAUGCGAUCAUCGAGAUGGACGUUCUGCCACCCCGCUGGCUCGAUAUUCAGGACGAUGUCCAACGACAUCUCACCGACAUUGCGCCCAAGAUGAAGCGACUGGAACAACUGCACAACAAGCACGUCUUGCCUGGCUUCGAUGACGAGAGCGUUAAGGCCGCGGAGGAGCGGGAGAUCGAAGCGAUGACCCAGGAUAUCACCCGCGACUUCUCCGCCUGUCAAAGAGCUAUCAAACGUAUUGAUAUCAUGGUCCGCGAUCAGCAGCAAGCAUCGGGACAAAUAUCGAGUGCAGAUGAGACCAUGGCAAAGAAUUUGAAGCGAUCGCUAGCAGCCCGCGUCGGCGACGUCAGCACCCUCUUUCGCAAGAAGCAAUCCGCGUAUAUGAAAAAGCUUCGGACGUUAGGCGGAAUGCCGGGGCUCUCUAGCCCUUCGGAUCGAUCUGGCACACCACUUGCACAGAACACAUAUAAUGUCGCUAUGAUGGAAUCAGAGACGGAUCGCUCUACAGCUCAAUCGACACUGCUACAGACAGCGCAAGUGCGUCGGAGGGAUGGCGCGGUAGAUCGUACAAUCCAACAACGGGAGGCUGAGAUUGAAAAGAUUGCGCAAGGUGUCAUCGAUCUUUCCAACCUCUUCCAGGAUCUCCAGACCAUGGUGAUCGACCAGGGCACCGUGCUCGACCGGAUCGACUACAACGUCGAGCGCACAGCGGAACACGUCCAGGCUGCGGACAAAGAGCUCAAGGUCGCUACGGGUUACCAAAAGCGAAGCAUGCGUCGCAAAAUCAUCUUUCUACUCAUACUGAUUGUGUUCGGCAUGUUGGUCUUACUGCUCAUCAAGCCGAAACGAGGCAGCAGCAGUGCGCCACCGCAUAAAUCGGCCCCGUUGCCGAAUGUACCAUUACAGGGGAGCGAGGGUGGUUCGGACUUCUUCCCACCACGGAGAUUGGUCCGGAGGGACCUUUUGUACUACGAUCCUUCACCUUCAUAGAUGUAUAAAUUACUGGGUGCGAGUGCAAUACCGGCCGUUGAACACGUUGUCGUAGAGGUUUUUCAUAUCAGACGACCACUCCAUACUAAGUGGUUCUGCCGCCCCAGGCUCCUCUUUGACGGGUUGAUGCAAGACAAAUGCUGCAAAGUCCGGCCCUGUGGAGACCGUGGGUUUGAAGGGAUGCCGCUCUCCUUUUCCCGGGAAGCCGUAGAAAUCUUACGAGGGCGCAAUCUGAUAGGUUUCCACGAAAUGAGUUCGAUAGCGAUUUGCAUAUCAAGUUCUACCACUUUCCACCUUUGCCCUUUUUCUUCUUCUGCCCACCGCCCCCUGAACCUCCGCCGCCGCCACCUGGCGCCUUCCCUUUGACAACAUCCGGUCGUGGCGUCGC